AUGUCCCAACUUCAGCUUCUUGCGGUUGGCGCGCGUACUCUCCAGCCACGGAGUCCUGGUUUCCUCUUGGUACUACAUAGCCUUGAAUUUAAAGGUCGCAUUGUUCAAAUUCUCCUUGCUGCUGGGGCCGAUGUGCGUGCUAAGGACAAGGGCGGUCUCAUUCCCCUGCACAAUGCCUGCUCCUACGGCCAUUUAGAAGUUUGCGAAAUGCUGAUUGCGGCCGGCGCUGGGCCCGAACAGGUACACUCGGCUGACCUCUGGCAGUACACGCCGCUACACGAGGCAGCCAGCAAGGCGCGUGCCGAAGUCUGUUCCCUCCUGCUGGCUCAU